AAUAUAUUUAUUUAUCUAAAUUAAAAGGGGAAGAGAAAUGAGUUGCUUUUCAUGUUUCUCAUCCCAAGAAAAGAAAGUACCAAAGAGACCUAACAAUAAUAAUGAAAAGAAAAUACAAAAUCAUCCUACACAAUCUCCUAAGAAGACAUUUCUACCUCAGCCAGAGAAUCAUUAUCAAAAGGCAAGGGCAAGCGCAAGUCCACAAAGAGAACCUAAAAUAAAUAAAGAGACCAAAAAAGAGAGUAGUAGCAACAUUGCUGCACAAACAUUCACCUUUAGAGAAUUGGCUUCUAUCACAAGAAACUUUAGGCAAGAAAAUCUAAUAGGUGAAGGUGGAUUUGGAAGAGUUUAUAAAGGAAGACUUGAAAAAACUAACCAGGAAGUAGCUGUGAAGCAACUUGACAGGAAUGGAUUGCAAGGGAACAGAGAGUUUCUUGUUGAAGUGUUAAUGUUGAGCCUUUUGCAUCAUCAAAAUCUAGUGAAUCUAAUUGGAUAUUGUGCCGAUGGAGAUCAAAGACUAUUGGUAUAUGAGUACAUGCCUUUAGGAUCCCUUGAGGAUCAUUUACUAGAUCUUGAACCACACCAAAAGCCAUUAGAUUGGUUUACAAGAAUGAAAGUAGCAUUGGAAGCUGCAAAAGGAUUAGAAUAUUUGCAUGAUAAGGCAAAUCCACCAGUCAUAUACCGUGACUUAAAAUCAUCCAACAUCUUAUUGGACAAAGAUUUCAAUGCAAAACUCUCUGAUUUUGGAUUAGCCAAGUUAGGACCUACAGGUGACAAGUCUCAUGUGUCUUCAAGAGUAAUGGGGACUUAUGGAUACUGUGCACCUGAGUAUCAAAGAACAGGUCAACUUACUGUUAAAUCAGAUAUAUACAGUUUUGGUGUUGUUUUGCUUGAAUUGAUUACUGGAAGGAGAACUAUUGAUAACACAAGACAUUCAAGAGAGCAAAAUCUUGUUACUUGGGCAUAUCCAGUAUUCAGGGAUCCACAUAGAUAUCCAGAAUUAGCAGAUCCAAAACUUGAAGGAAACUUUCCAAUGAGAUCAUUACAUCAAGCAGUUGCAGUAGCAGCAAUGUGUCUAAAUGAAGAACCAUCAGUGAGACCAUUGAUAAGUGAUGUUGUAACAGCUCUUAGUUUUCUUGGAAUAACACCAAUGAGUCAAGAUCCAAACCUUUUGUCACCAAUUGAUAUGUCAUCACCAACGGAUGAAAAUGAAGAAAAAAGUGCAACCUUGAGUCUUCUUGACGAUGAUAGUGCUGUCGUACGCCAAAGAGCUGUCGAUGAAGCCAUGGAAUGGGGUUCAAAUUCGAGGAAUAAACCAAAUUAUGACAGUUCUUCAUAUUUGUAA